GCACCCAUGAAACGGACUAACGGAUGGAUAUGUAAAUAUGGAUACUUAUAAAAAGACACGUUAAUGCGGACUUUUUUUUUCCUCCACUACUCCUCUCUCUACAACGUGGUGCCGUGCGUAACCCGUGCGUAAAGUUCUUCUUCGCGCUUUGUACCUCGAUAUGAAGAUAUCACUUCAUUAUUAAUGUUUCUAACAACUUUUACAGUGACAAUACGUGACAGUUUUGUGCUUGUGUGCGUGGUAAUGGCACAGCCAAAGGGAAAACGGGUUUUCAUCGCGGCUCAAGCCUUUGUUCGUAACCGCAAAGACAUAGCAGUAUAUCCGCGGUAACUUUUUAACACUUUUAUCGUACAAUAAUCUUUACAUAACAACUCUUUUUCAAGCGUUGCCCGAGGCUGUGCGCAUGCGUGUUGGCUGGUUGCUGUCACUAAGCCAUUUUUCUUCACGUUGGAAACUGUCACUGGUGACGUCAAUCAUAGCGCUCUGACCAAUUAGAAAGCGGGAUGAUUGUUUAGCUCCACGGGCUGCAGCGCCUACCAUGAAUCUCUAUUCAGUAUCAAAGCGUCCUGCUGCUGCCUCUCAAGCGAAUGGGAUUCCAUGUAGUCUGCAGAUAGACGCAACUUCACAAACUUUUUUCCUUUAUUUUUUCAGUGCGAUUAAAAUAUAUUUGUCAUCAUCAUUAUUAUUUUGCCUGCUGUCAAGUUAUUCUAAAAUUAGGGAGUAAUGAGCGUGGAUGCAUUGGGAAGCCCCGUGAUGGACCCUACGUUUUCCAAACGGAACACGGCGCUGAGAUUAGUUGACUUGGCAGGGGCUCACCACCAUCACCAUCAUCACCACCAUACCCCUCAGAGCGUGACAGGCUUCCCGGGGUUCAGCAGCCAUCCACACUCAAUGGCUCACGCGCACCCUGGGGAGAUUACUGCGGAACCCCGCCUGGGGCCGAGUCCAUUCGGGCCAGAACACAUGGGGCACUCCGCGGCCCUCAAAAUCAGCCCAGCCCAUCAUUAUCCCCACCACCAUCACCACCACCACAACCAUCAUAUGGCAGGCCACAGCGACGUGGUCUCCAGUCAAACGGGAGCAGCUUUUGGCCCGGUUCAGGCGACGUCGGUGCCUUAUUCUAUGUCCCAUCCAGCCGCAGGUAGGGAUUUCCUCAUCCGGAGAGAUCUGACAGCUCAAGCCAUGCCAGUGCUCACUGACCAGUCUGCUGGUUCCGCCUCUCACCACGGAAUGUUUGUCUCAACAACAGGUAGCUACCCCGGACACUACGGUCAUCAUCCUGACGGGAACCAUGCACUCUUCUCUGGACUGCACCACGACCAGGCUGCGAGCGGAUCCCCGGGGGGGCAGGCGUUGAACGGACAAAUAAGACUAGGACUGCCUGGAGAAAUGUAUGUCAGGUCUGAGCACUUAAGUCAAGUGGCGAGCUCCAGGGCUGAUCCGUUCUCCGCGUCGCCGCUGCACGGCUACGGUGGACUCAAUCUGAACAUGAAUCUGAGCGCGCACCACCACCAUCACCACCACAGCGCGGGGGCCUUCUUCAGAUACAUGCGGCAGCCCAUCAAGCAGGAACUCAUCUGUAAGUGGCAAGAGCCGGAACUUUCACCCAAAAAGCGCUGCUCCAAAACCUACAGCACCAUGCACGAGCUGGUUACGCAUGUGACCGUGGAGCACGUUGGAGGACCCGAGCAGGCGAACCAUAUCUGUUUUUGGGAAGAGUGUCCGCGGGAAGGCAAACCUUUUAAAGCCAAGUACAAACUUGUGAAUCACAUCCGCGUGCACACAGGAGAGAAGCCUUUCCCCUGCCCUUUCCCCGGCUGUGGAAAAGUCUUUGCCAGAUCCGAAAAUCUCAAAAUCCACAAGAGGACGCACACAGGGGAGAAACCGUUCAAAUGUGAGUUUGACGGCUGUGACCGGCGGUUCGCCAACAGCAGUGACCGGAAGAAGCACUCGCACGUGCACACCAGCGACAAACCCUACAACUGCAAAGUACGAGGCUGUGACAAGUCCUACACACACCCCAGCUCUUUACGAAAGCACAUGAAGGUCCACUGCAAGUCCCCUCCGCCCAGUUCGGGCUACGAGUCCUCCACGCCGUCCUUAGUGUCCCCCUCUUCAGACGUAGGGCGCGACACUGGGGGCGGCUCCACCGUCAUGUCCGAGCCCAUGGGAGCCAAUCAGGCCGCAAACCUGAGCGAGUGGUACGUGUGUCACAGCUCAGGUGCGAGCGGCGCACAUACACCGCCCAGUGGGCCCUCCACGCCCGACCCCACAGAGGAACCCUCAUACAGACACGUGGAAAGUAGGGACCACUACUGACCACAGCCAUGGCACUCUCUGGACGCACUGUGGACAUGUAAUGAGCCAGAUCGCCUUGAGUCUACGCUAAGAGACACAAUAAUGGAAAGGAAGCUGGAGUGUUCCGAAGUUUGGCUCAGUGUGGCCAAUGUGACCUACAGUAGCUAACCUGAAGUUCCGUGGCCAUUGGCAUGCUGGUGUCACUCAAUUUUGUAAAUAGAUUUAUUUAUUUUUCAGCCCAAAUAGCCUAAACAUAAGGUGUUUUGUAUUAUGGAACCAAAGUGCAUGUUUGGAUUUGGACACAUUGUACAUUUGUACAUUUUGUAACUUUUUAUGUGUUGAUGUGUACGUUUUUGAAACAUUUGGCCACCUGGCAGUAAUUUGUAUAUCAAACAGUUAUAAUAGGCUCAUUUUCACGUGCAGUUUGCCCUAUGAGCCGAUCUGCAUUUACGUUUAAUAUAACUGUGAAAUAAUCAAUGUUUAAAAAGUGGGCAUUUUGUCAGUACAUCCAUGUCAGUAUUUUUGAAUUAUUUUUUAAAAAAAUAUCUAAAAUGAAGUCGCAUUAAAAAUGCGCACCAAA